AUGGCUCCAAAAAGCAAAAGGCCUGCGGAAAGAACUGAUGGUGAAAAUGAGGGAGAAGAAGUGGCAGCUCAAUCAGCAAGGAGUAAUGUUGGACGCAAGCGCGGGCGGACAAAUCAGGAUCAUAUUGGUAGCAGUGGGCCACCACCGAGGAACAGGGCAUCACCUUCAAGACUCUUUGUCCUAAACAGUGGCCUCGAUGAUACACAAAAGGAUGCCAUCGGUGAUAUAAGCUUUGGGUUGGAUAGGUCUUUUCGCAACUCACAUGUGUUGUCUAUUUUUUCGAAACAACUCCUCUACCUUGACUCGCUUGAUGUGGACUACAGGACAGUCCAUAAGGAUUAUGUGGAUGAGAGGACGGCAACUGUUCUUCCAAGGGUCAAAGCAUGGAAUGAAGGUCUGAUCAAAGCAGUAAUUAAGAAGGACAGGAUUAGGAAGGGUGUCUAUGGAAAGCUAAACAAAGGAGGUUGUCAAUGCUGGUCCACGAUAUGUGCUCUGAAAUAUCAGUCCAAAUUGGGAGAAGAAGAAGAAGAGGAGGAAGGGAAAGAUGAGGAUAGUCCUGAAGAGGAGAGUUCGGAUCAGGACGGGGACAGCAAUGAUGACGACAACGACGAUGAUGACUAUGAUGAUGAUGUUCCGUCAUACAGCAGCCCGUCAGUAGCCACAGAAACUGGUGAUGAUGAUUCACAGCACAUGGACGUUGACAACUCACAGUCGCCCCUUGCUGGUGAAGACGAUGGUGAAGAUGAGGAAGAGGACGAUGAGGAUGAUGUUGAAGAGCAAGAGCAGGACAGGGAGGAGGAUGAUGAAGAGGAACGGGGCGGUGAAGAGGACAAAGAGAAGGAGAGAAAUGUGGAAGAGGGCAAUGAGAAAGAGAAUGAACCAGAAAAGAAAGAGGGGAAAUCGGAGGAGAAACAGGAUGAUGAAAAGAAUGAAAAGGAGAAAAAUAUGAGGAAGACAGAGAGGAUGAAGAUGAUGAGGCGGAGCAAUAUGGUGGGGGUGGGAAGAAGGGGGAUGAAGAUAAGGAUGAUGGCGGCACUGGCGGCAAUGCUAGCACCGACCAGCUCAGCGGGGGAGGUGGUGAUGAUGAGGGAGGUGCCCAAAAUCCAGGGUGGCGUGGGGGCAGUGAUGACGAUGAGGUGCCGCUUAGUACGAUAA